AUGCCACGCUUUCGAAAGGCCUCCGAUGGCGUUAUCUUUGCCACGUUCUACUGGUUCUUCUUCCUUGGAGCAGAAAACAAUCGGUACCGCAAUACCACUUAUGUCACUGGGAGGAGUCCUCUUGCUGAUCGAACCUUUGGAGAGUAUCAGCAUGCCUUUGUCCAGGAUAAUUCCGUGGCUUGGCUCACCUCUACACUGGAGACGACGCGCGUCCUGAGAAGUGACUUUUUGGGACUCUUUGGUUUGUACAACGACUCUGCGACUAUAUACGAUGUCAAGUCAAACGCCGAAGUGAUUUUGGACCAGAACAAAACACACAUCUAUUAUCAAUUCCCGAACAUGCAGAUUGAGAGCCGUCAGGUUUUGCUGCUGAGCAUUCCCGAGGCCAUCUCGUCCUGGGGAGGCGCCUUCUCGAUUAUCCUCUCCAUCUUUUACGCGCUAUUCGGUAAAGGAGCAUUCUCACCGUUUGGUAUCAUCCAGAAAUCCGUCCUGCGCAAUGGUACCAGGGCCAAGAUCGCGAGUGUGUACACCAACGGCAGAAAGGGCAACAAUGAAAAUAAUAACGACAAGUCCAAUUCUCUCACAUAUCUCGACAACAAUAAGCAGGAUGCUCGAGAUACGAAUGCGCCCCUACCGUUCGUUCUCGGCGGAGCAAAUUACCAACCAUGUCAACAGGAUCUGACAGCCCUCCAUCAGCAACAACAAGAGAUCCAUCAUGAAGAACUCGUCGCCCUCCGUCAACAGAUCCGAGCCCUCAGGCAGGACGUGAGCCACCUUCAAAGGCACGAGCAGCGGGUCAAGGAGUUUUACCUCGAUAUGGAACUGAUGGAGACCGCGGAUGUGGCCCCAGGUGCGACAAUGCCUGAAUUUGGGCAGCCUACCUCCGAGCGCCCCUUCACAUCUGGUAAAUCGGACUCACUCUCUGGAGGCGAGGGACACAAUGUGAGGCAGCGGAAAGGAUGGGCCCAGAAGCUCUUCAAUAACGAAGCCGAGUUCCAAGAGGUUCCCAGGGAGGAAACACUGGCGCUCAGACGUGCCGAGCAUGGUAUGGGAGGAUAUACCCAGCAUACCCAACAGACAGACCCCACUCCCGAAAACGUCCAUUGGAGCGCGGGAUCCGGAAGAGAUGCGAAUAUUGAGAUGCGACCUAUCUAAACCGCCUCUCCAACCACAACAGAAGAUAAUAUACAGUGCUCACCAAAAGUGAUUACAAGUUUCGCUCAUUUCGACAUCCAUUCUCCAUGCUCAUCUCCAUCUCCUCCAUCCCUCAUAGUACUCAUACCAAACACUUCUCGGAUAAAUAUUGUUGCGCUUGGAGAUAGUUCUUUUACAGUUGUAUGGAGUAAGGAAACUCCCAAUCUGAAUGCUCGAAUAAUUUGUGUUCCACACUG